UCCCACUUAUUCCGGUCCCAAAAUCCAGUCCAUUUCCCUCUUUCUUUUUUCAAACCCUUUUUGGCCCACAGCGCGAGAGAGGAAGUUGCGAGCGGAGGAGAAAGUGAGAAACCCUAAGACCUUCGUCCCAAACCCUAGCUUUUUGGUCCCUUCUUCUCGUAGAGAUGCCGCGGGAGAUCAUAACGAUCCAGGUGGGGCAAUGCGGGAAUCAGAUCGGGAUGGAGUUCUGGAAGCAGCUCUGCCUCGAGCACGGCAUCGGCAAGGACGGCCUUCUCGAGGAUUUCGCCACUCAGGGAGGUGAUAGGAAGGAUGUCUUCUUCUAUCAAGCUGAUGACCAACACUACAUACCAAGGGCUCUCCUAAUGGACCUCGAACCUAGAGUUAUCAAUGGCAUACAAAACAGCGAAUAUAGGAACCUUUACAAUCACGAGAACAUAUUUGUCUCAGAACAUGGAGGUGGUGCUGGAAACAACUGGGCCAGUGGAUAUCACCAGGGAGAACAAGUUGUAGAUGAUAUCAUGGACAUGAUUGACAGAGAAGCAGAUGGAAGUGAUAGCCUCGAGGGUUUUGUUUUGUGCCAUUCAAUUGCUGGCGGAACAGGAUCAGGUAUGGGUUCAUAUUUAUUGGAGACUCUGAAUGAGCGCUACAGCAAAAAGCUUGUUCAAACAUACAGUGUAUUCCCAAAUCAAAUGGAAACAAGUGAUGUGGUUGUCCAGCCUUACAACUCACUUUUAACCUUAAAGCGAUUGACACUGAAUGCCGAUUGUGUUGUUGUUCUUGACAAUACGGCACUAAAUAGGAUUGCUGUGGAACGCCUGCAUCUAGCUAAUCCUACUUUUGCGCAAACAAACUCAUUGGUUUCUACGGUUAUGUCUGCAAGCACAACCACUCUUCGCUAUCCAGGAUACAUGAACAAUGAUUUGGUUGGCCUUCUUGCUUCUUUAAUUCCAACUCCACGAUGCCAUUUUCUCAUGACGGGCUAUACACCACUUACUGUGGAGCGCCAGGUUAACAUGAUACGUAAGACUACUGUUCUAGAUGUCAUGAGAAGACUUUUGCAGACAAAAAAUAUCAUGGUCUCUUCCUAUGCACGUACAAAGGAAGCUAGUCAAGCAAAAUAUAUUUCUAUACUGAACAUCAUUCAAGGAGAUGUGGACCCUACACAGGUACAUGAAAGCCUGCAAAGAAUACGUGAAAGAAAGCUGGUCAAUUUCAUCGAAUGGGGACCUGCUAGCAUUCAGGUUGCAUUGUCCAGAAAAUCACCUUAUGUUCAAACUACGCAUAGAGUUAGUGGACUAAUGCUAGCAAACCAUACUAGUAUCCGGCACCUCUUUAGCAAGUGCCUGGGCCAGUAUGAGAAGCUGAGGAAAAAGCAAGCCUUCCUUGACAACUAUCGAAAGUUCCCAAUGUUCGCAGAUAAUGACCUUUCUGAAUUCGACGAGUCUCGAGAACUAAUAGAAAGCUUGGUUGAUGAGUACAAGGCUUGUGAAUCACCAGAUUAUAUCAAAUGGGGAAUGGAGGAUCAAGGGGAUGCCAGUGUUGCAGCAGCACUAGAUUCAAAAUUAGUAGUGUAAAAAAACCUCAAGUAAGCUUGACCUAGCUUAUUGUUUGAAAUUUACCAGCAUGUUAUUUUGGAUUAAGUGGAGAUUAUUAUCAUCAAACUUUUGUAGCUACCUUGAUAGGCACAAGAAAAUCAUGUCAAGUAGUUGAUAAGCUAUUCUGUCCUUUUCCUCUUUGCACUUAAGUACAUAAAUGUUGGUAUAUGCUGUUUUUCACUUGCUUCAAAUAUUUACAAAAUCAA